AUGUCUGUACAUGCAUAUGAAACCGGCAGAAGAGUUUAUACUGCAUUUAAACACUGGAUAUUCGGCGAGUAUAUACGAAACGGUGAAUAUCCCGCGGAAUAUACGAGUGCUUUAAGGACACCUUGUCAAAUGAUAUUAUUAUACGGUUUUGUGAGCCGAUGCAUGGGCGAUCCCUAUUCCCGACUCUCCGACAACAACAACAACAACAUUAACCGCGGUGUGACGGAUAUCCGUCUUUUUGAUAACUGUUACGAAAAUAGUAUCGUCGUGUUAUUAAAUAGAUUACCAUACUUUUUGAAUACAGUUGCGUUCCAUAUGGACAGGGGAAGGUCUCAAAAAUACAGUAUAAGUUCGUGCAUGACAAUAGUUAGCUCAACAAAGAUCAGCGAGAGUAUUUUGUUCGGCCGUACAUCAAGCGAAAGUAAUCUAUCUGAAAAUCAAUAA